AAAAUUUCUCUGCACAUCCUAAAUCACUUUGUGUUGUUGUUUUUGUUUUUCCCUGUAAUGUCAUGAGUUGUCUUACCAUUUGGUAAUGGUGGUAUUCUUGCUAAUAGGACAUAAUAUGGUAAGAAUCUUUACAGAAGUGAUCAGUGAUCUACCCAAAGAAAUUGGGAGCAAUCUGACCUCUAGCUCCUGGUGAUGUCUUCUGCUGACACAAGGCUUCAUGAUGAAAAUAAGAUGCUUGUUUCUCUUUCCUUCCGGAGAGAAAUGUACUAGCUUCAUUAUGAGAACUGGCUGGAAGAAACGAGCCACUUUUUUUAUCAGAGAGAGAUAUGGUUAUUAACUACAGCCACCCCCCCUCCAUCUAAUUGUGCUGCUGUUGUGUCUGUCCCAAGGCAGCAUCCCCUGCCUAGCAUCAGCUCAUUUCUGCAUUAACUCUUCAGUAAGAGUGCUCGCAGCCUGAAUAACAGAAUUCCCAGAGACAAAAGCUCUAAUAAGCAAAGGCAAUUGAAAUGAUUCAUAGAAAAUUUGCCAAAAUCAGAUGGAUUCCCAUGCCACUGAGCCCCUCACCCAUCCAUCUCCCUUUCCCCUCCCCUUUCACCAGCCUUCCCUCCCCCACUCUGAGCCAGGCAUCUCAGAGAAAAGGCUCUGCCUCGCACAGCCUGUGUGACAGCAGGAGGGAGAGGGAGCUGGAGAUAGCAAGGAAGAGGAAGCUGUGCAUAGGGCUGGGAAGUGCUGCAUGCCGUCUUCCGAGACCGCAUCCAAGCCUGAAAAAGCAGAGAACCUACUGCUUGCAGGAACACCUUCUCAUGGCUGUUUGUUGGCAUCUGCAGCAGGUGCUUGGAGUCUAAAGAGGGCAGAGUGGGAUGAGAAACACCCCUGGCAAUCCGGAUCGCAGUCCUUUUGAUGAAAACUGGGUGUGCAGCUGACCAGAAUGCAGCAGCAAGAGACAAAUAACCCAGGAGGAAAACCAGAAAGGCAAAACCCAUGCUGCAGAAUUCCCUGACUCUGGAAUCAAAUACACGUGUGGGGGCUGUUGAUCUGCCAUCCGACGGUCUCUUGCAAAGACCCUGAGGGUUUUUUUUUUCUGCUGUGAAUCUUUCAGCUAAUGCAAAACGGUCUGGCUUGCAAGUAUUUCUCCAGUAGUUUGACAGGAGCUGGCGUCUUCUGCACUGAAUUCUGAGCAUGUGAAGGGACAAGGCAUGUCUGUAGCCAGAAUCCUGAGGCUUCCUGGGAAAAGGAUUCUGUGAGGCGAAAGGUUAAAGUGGGAUCAUGGGAGGGAAGCAGGUCAAAUGUCUUACAUCUGCCAGUCCUAUUCAUAGCGCGAAGAGCGAAUCCACUGUAGCCCCAUCAGAGGAGAAGGAAAGACUUGUGAUCAUCCACACUGAAGAACCAGAAACUAAAACAGAAGAGACAGAAUCUCAUUUCCAGCCUGAGUGGCAAGCAGGGAACCCUGGGUCAUAUGUGGAGAAUUCAUGGGAGGAGCAGCUUUUGGAACAACAGGACUAUUUGGAAAAGGAAAUGGAGGAAGCGAAGAAGAUGAUUUCAGGUUUGCAGGCUUUGUUGCUUAAUGGGUCUUUACCUGAGGAUGAGCAGGAAGGGUCCUUUGAACUUUGUGAACGUGGAGCCUGCCCUGAAGAGCAGCUGAUCAUAAUCCGAAGUCGCCUGGACCAGAGCAUGGAAGAAAAUCAAGACCUAAAGAAGGAGCUAUUGAAAUACAAACAAGAAGCUCGAAACCUACAGGGAAUAAAGGAUGCUUUACAGCAAAGGCUGAUUCAACAGGAUGCUUCAGUUCUUCAGCUAAAGCAGGAACUGCUGAGAGCAAACAUGGACAAGGAGGAAUUGCACAACCAGAAUGUUGACCUUCAGAGGAAGGUUGAAGAGAGAAGCCGGCUACUGGCUGAAUACAAAAAGGAACUGUGCCAGAAGGAUCGGCAUUUACAGCAGCAUCAGACCAAACUGGAUGAAAUGCUUAGGCAGCUUUCUGAGGCCAGCUACCAACAGGUGGAUUUGGAGCGGGAGCUGGAGCACAAAGAGGCCCUGCUAGCUCACUGCAUGAAGAAGGAAGCUGAAGAGGUGAUGGCUUACGGCAGUCACAGUGCUCAGAGCAAUGGCUUCCUCCAGACAGCAGGAAAAGGAGCUGCUCCCACAGCACACCGAGGGACAAACGACUUGCAGCUGGUUCGUGAGGCCCUUCGCAGCCUCAGGAACAGUUUCAGUGGCCAUGAUCCACAGCACCACACCAUUGACAGCCUGGAGCAGGGCAUCUCCAGCCUGAUGGAACGGCUGUACCGCAUGGAAACACAGAAGAGGCAAGAGAGAAGGAUCCGGGGGAAAUCACCAGCAAGCAGAGCAACAAAUGAGUGUAGAGACUCCUGGCCUCCCAAAUCCAAACUGCCUCAUUCUCACAGCACACCCAUGAUGAGCACCAGUGCCUGCACUAAAGUGUUGUACUUCACUGACCGCUCCCUCACACCUUUCAUGGUCAACAUACCAAAGAGGUUAGGGGAAGUAACUCUGAAGGAUUUUAAGGUAGCUAUUGAUCGUGAAGGAACCCACCGGUACCACUUCAAAGCCCUGGAUCCAGAGUUCGGUACAGUCAAGGAGGAGGUAUUCCAUGAUGAUGACAUCAUUCCUGGCUGGGAGGGAAAAAUUGUGGCCUGGGUGGAAGAAGACCAUGGAGAGAAUUAAUCAAGCUUUUAAGUCUUGUCACUAUGGAAACCUGUAACUGGCUGCUGAGCUCAAAGAAUGACCAAAAAGCCUGUGUGCUGGAAGGAGUCCAAUCCAAACUGCCAAAAAAGAGGGCUUCUCUGCAAACAACGGGUAAUGCAUGUUGUGUGCAUGGAUGCCUGGCAUCUGACUUUCCAUGCCCAAAUGAAGACAGUGUUCUGAGACUGAAAUGACAGGUCUGUGGGAAAGAAACACCUUGCUUUGUCCUGUGAACUAAACCCUGAAGGCCUUAAUGAUGCAUUGCUCCCUUCCCCUGCUUCUCCAUUCCUGCAAUAUGUGCUGAAGACUGUGAACUGGGCAUUUCAAGUCUGAUUUCUUGUACAUGGUAUUACAUCAAUCUGCACUGAUAGCAAAAAUGUGAAGCUUUGCCUUCAUGAGUCAAAAGAAGCCACUAGGUUAUGUGAGCUGAAAGUUUGAGCAGCGUUGGUCCUGGACUUGCAUGUGCUGCAGGAGCAGAGUGAACUUUCUGGACAUUCCAGACUGACAAUAUAGAAAUCCAACGGGGGGGAGGAAGACAGUCUUCUAGAGGUUUUACACGUUGUCUAAAGCAAAGAUCACCAGCUUGGCAAAGCUUCCUUUCUCCCAAGCUCAGGCUUUCAUUUCUGAGCGCUGCUUUUCCCAGUUGCUUUCUAAAGCUGUACUCACUUCUGAGGCCCUCUGGGUUUGCUUUGUUGCCAUAGGGACUGUGGGGAUCUUGGUGCUUGCUUAUUUGCUGAAGGAUUUCAUUUGCGAGGGAGCUAGAAUCAGCUACUUUACCUGACCUCCUGUCCUCUCCUCUUUCAGCAAGGCAGAUGGUUUCUCACCUCCUGUGCACAGGCAUCACUGUGCUGCAGUCCACUCAAUUGCCAGGGCCACCAAACACUUAUCCACACCAGUAGGAUAAACCCCAUCAGUUACACCACCAGUUCCCUGGUAUGCCCGUUCCUGGGAUGCCUGAAGGAUCAGGAAAUAAAUGACUGCUUGGGAAAGAACAAGCCCUAACGGUGGCUUUUUCUUUUUGGUUUUGGGGGGUUGAUUUGUUUCUGCAUUGCCUGUCUCUGCCCUUCUGCUGCCAGUGAGCUGUACUUAAGAGUGCUGGCUGCAGUAUGCAGCAGACACUGUUGACUUAGAAGGUCAAAUGGCAAGUCAAGGCUCUGUUCGUUCUCAGUACCUGUGGCCCUUCCAUGGACUACCUGUGUGUCUGUGCUGUGCAUGAGGCUGGGAAGGUGAACCUGGUUUUACUGUUUUAUAUUGACAUGUCCUUUUGUAAACAUGUUCCUGUUCUUGGAAUUAUUUUGUACCAGUUUACAUUUGUCUGAGGACUGUGGAUAUUUUUAUACUAGUACAAGUGCUUUCUGUAUAUUUCUGCACGCAUUAUACUGUGUUUUACUCAUUUUCUAGUGGAUGCUGAAGAUGUUUUGUAUCGUCUCCUGUUAACACAACACUGGGCUCAUAACUUUAUUUUACUAUGGAAAUCCAACUAAUUCCUACUGGGUUUUAUAUUUUUGCCAGCUUUAAUAGGCAGCAACAAUACUAUUUAUUUUCUCACUGCUUCACUGUCCAGGAAGUAGCUCAAGGCUUUUAUGUGUCUCUGUGCCACACUGGCACAACACAGCAUGCCUUCUGUUCUGGACAAUUUGUUAUAGUGACUUUCACCUCACAGAUAGCAGUAGCAAAGUUCAUCAGUGAACAAGUUCAUCAGUGAGCUGCAGGGUGGGGAAUACAUUUCUUUUGGAGAAGAAACAGAUAUUCUUCAUCCCUGAAAAUAGUUUCUCUGUUGCAUGAUCUCUAGCAGGCUGGUAAAGAGAGCAUGGGGUUGUUAUACUGAAAUCAAUUGUAUUUGAAUUGCAAAUUUUUCUCAAGUGUUUCUUUCUUCAGGUUUUACUCGUCAAUUUUAUUUCAGCAAGAGCCACACACCCAGGCUAGAAUUUUAUGGAGAAAAUUAAGACCAUUUUCAAGGUCUGUAGCUGCCAGUUCUAUAUCCCUCCCUGGUACUCAAAGAUGAGCAGUUUUGGUUUUGGAGCACUGAAAACACGAGGCUGUUAAUAUGAUCAGAGCUUCUAAAGGAUAAGUCUUCAAUCCAGCCUUGCCCAUAGCUAUCUAGUUUUCCCAUGAAGAAAAUAGUUGUUAGCUGAUCCAGGGGACCGCCUAUUCUUGUUCUUAGAUCAGUUCAGAUAAGUAACCAUCAUCGCAUUUCAUAUGCUAACUGCCACCAGAGAGCCAAGGACUGAACCUGAUAUGGAAACACAUGCUCUCCAGGGCAACCGUGGGCUGUAUUUCAGAAGGAGCGAGACUGGACAAAACUCUUGCUUUUGGGGGCUGGUAGUCAUGUACCUUUCCUCCAUGCUAACAUCCCAUGUAAGCUAGGACAAAAGAAGACAUCCCCUCAGCACUGAUAGCAAUGCUCUGUUCUUGGGUUCCUAGAUGCAGCUCCCCUCUGUGAUAGCGAAGGUAGAAUUGCUGGAGUUGCUGUCACUAAAGCUGAAGGGCUGCUGCUUUGAUAAGCUGUGAACUGCAAACAUGCAGAGUUUGGGUUCCGCUUUAUUUCUGGAUUGACACUGCAGCCUUCUUCAGACUUUUUACCUUUGUGUGACUGGCAGAAAGGGGUCUGGAAGGGUAAGGAAUAUUAAGCAUGGGGGUAAGAGAUAUCAGGUGGAAAAGCCAUUGGCCGGAUGUUUCCCUGAUAAAAGCAAAAGAUGUUGCUUUUAAAUCAGUUUGGCACUGCUAUAACCCUGACUUCAGUGGAUGUAUUCUGGGGAUAUGUUCUUAGUACCAUGCCCAGGACUUGCAUUUUUCACUGUUCUGGAUCUGUUUAUUUCUGUCCAACUUUCUCCAAAGUUACUUUCCUAUUCCUAUACCUGUAGCUUGUUUGUGUAACAUAAAUGCUCUGUUUAAAAUUAUAUUUUCAUAGAAACUCUGAUGUUUGCAUCUAGGAAAGUGUAACUUUAUCUAUACAUCUUAACCAGACCUACAUGACUGUAUACGCCUUGAAUUAGUGGACUGAGAAGUUGUCUCAAUAAAAUGGGGUUUGCAAA